UUGUAAUCACAUGACAUGUUAGCCUGCUACCCACCAAUAAGAGUCCGUAUUGUAAUCACAUGACAUGUUAGCCUGCUACCCACCAAUAAGAGUCCGUAUUGUAAUCACAUGACAUGUUAGCCGGCUACGCACCAAUAAGAGUCAGUACUGUAAUCACAUGACAUGUUAGCCUGCUACCCACCAAUAAGAGUCAGUACUGUAAUCACAUGACAUGUUGGCAAGCUACGCACCAAUAAGAGUCCGUAUUGUAAUCACAUGACAUGUUAGCCUGCAACCCACCAAUAAUAGUCCGUAUUGUAAUCACAUGACAUAUAUUAGCCUGCUACCCACCAAUAAGAGUCCGUAUUGUAAUCACAUGACAUGUUAGCCUGCUACCCACCAAUAAGAGUCCGUAUUGUAAUCACAUGACAUGUUAGCCUGCUACCCACCAAUAAGAGUCCGUAUUGUAAUCACAUGACAUGCUAGCCUGCUACGCACCAAUAAGAGUCAGUAUUGUAAUCACAUGACAUGUUAGCCUGCUACUCACCAAUAAGAGUCAGUACUGUAAUCACAUGACAUGUUAGCCGGCUACGCACCAAUAAGAGUCAGUAAUGUAAUCACAUGACAUGUUAGCCUGCUACGCACCAAUAAGAGUCAGUAUUGUAAUCACAUGACAUGUUAGCCUGCUACGCACCAAUAAGAGUCAGUAUUGUAAUCACAUGACAUGUUGGCCUGCUACUCACCAAUAAGAGUCAGUACUGUAAUCACAUGACAUGUUGGCCUGCUACGCACCAAUAAGAGCUGUAAGCAUGUGGUGUGGAAGGGUUUGGCCCUGGCAGCACUGCACUGUGGUAGGCCCCCUGAGCCGCCAGUCAUCUAUGGGAGCCCGCCCAGCAUCGUGGAGACAGGUCACGGACGUCGUCUGAUUGGUUCAUACCGACUAGGUCAGCUCCUCCCCACUGCGGUCUACUCACACAUGAAGAUGCACAAGAGGAUUCUGGGACAUCUGUCCUCUGUCUACUGCGUCACCUUCGACCGCACUGGACGACGCAUCAUCACCGGUUCAGAUGACUGCCUGGUGAAGAUUUGGGGGACGGACGAGGGCCGUCUACUGGCAACGCUGAGAGGACACGCUGCUGAGAUCUCCGACAUGGCCGUGAGCUAUGAGAACACCAUGCUAGCUGCAGGUAGCUGUGAUAAGACCAUCAGAGUAUGGUGUCUUCAGACCUGUGUUCCUCUCGCUGUACUGGAAGGCCAUUCUGCAUCCAUCACCUCUCUACAGUUCUCUCCUCUGGUCAGUGGUUCUAAGCGGUUCCUGUCCUCCACCGGAGCCGACGGAACCAUCUGCUUCUGGCAGUGGGACGCACGCACUCUGAAGUUCGGGCAGGGGCCUGGUAAGUUCACGGAGCGGUCCAGACCUGGAGUUCAGAUGAUCUGUUCAUCCUUCAGCGCAGGGGGUAUGUUCCUGGCUACAGGUUCUACUGACCACAUCAUCAGAGUGUUUUACUUCGGUUCUGGACAACCGCAGAAGAUCUCUGAGCUGGAGUCACACACUGAUAAAGUGGACAGCAUCCAGUUUUCAAACUGCAGUGACAGGUUUGUGAGUGGCAGCAGGGAUGGUACAGCUCGUAUCUGGCAGCUCCAUCAGCAGGAGUGGAGGAGCAUUCUACUGGACAUGCAGGCCAAGUUACCAGGGAAGUACAAUCCCCCUCCGCUGGAGGACAAGGUGACCAAGCUGAAGGUUACCAUGGUAGCCUGGGAUCGUCACGACAACACAGUCAUCACCGCCGCCAACAACCUGACGCUCAAAGUCUGGAACUCCACCACCGGAAACCUCAUCCACAUACUGAUGGGUCAUGAGGACGAGGUGUUUGUCCUGGAGCCACACCCCUUUGACCCCCGCAUCCUGUUCAGCGCCGGGCAUGAUGGGAACGCCAUCGUCUGGGACCUGGCCAGGGGGGUCAAGAUACGAUCCUACUUCAACAUGAUUGAAGGCCAAGGCCAUGGGGCGGUGUUUGACUGUAAGUGUAGUCCUGAUGGACAGCACUUUGCUGCUACAGACUCACAUGGUCACCUGCUCAUCUUCGGCUUCGGAUCCAGCAGCAAGUAUGACAAGAUAGCGGACCAGAUGUUCUUCCAUACUGACUACCGCCCGUUGAUCCGUGAUGUUAAUAACUACGUGUUGGACGAGCAGACCCAGCAGGCACCACACCUCAUGCCCCCUCCCUUCCUGGUGGACGUGGACGGGAACCCCCACCCUCCUCCAUACCAACGCCUCGUACCCGGACGGGAGAGCUGCAGAGACCAACAGCUCAUACCACAGAUGGGAGUCACCUCCUCAGGCCUGAACCAGGUUGUCAGUGAACAGGCUGUUGAAGGAGCCUCUCCUCUAGACAACAUGAUUCACAGACUUCAGCAGGAGCAGGACCAGAGACUGUCUACCGACACACACAACAGAGAGGUUCACUCCCCCCCCAACGUGGGUCUGCGUCGCAGCGGUCAGAUCGAGGGGGUGAGACAGAUGCACAGCAACGCCCCCCGGAGCCAGAUGGCCACAGAGACAGACCUGGUGGCAUGGAGCAGGAGGGUACUGGUCCCUGAGCUGGGGGACGCUGAGCUCAGGAGACAGCUGGACUGGAGAGAGGCUAAAGGAGAGGAGGAGAUCAGUGUCUACAGAUCAGAGAAGAGGAGACACACUGUCCACCUUCACAGAGAGAGCAAGGUCUCCUCUCCAGACUGUGUAGGGGCGGAGGAGGGGAGGAGGAGUCAUGGUAACCAUGGCUACCAGACGCGUGCGGCUGUGGAGGAGACGAGUCGUCACAGCGCUGAGAUUGCUGAUGAUGACGACAACAACAGCAUCUCAGAGGGAGAGGUCGAUGUGCAUCCUAACCCUGUGAAUGGGAACUCUUCAGAGGAGGAGAAGGAGGAAGAGGAGAAGGAGCCCUGGCCUGAAGACCACAGCAGCUCCAGUGACUACUCCAGUGACUACUCUGACUGGACAGCAGAUGCAGGGAUCAACCUGGAACCACCGAAGAAGAGCGUGAAGGUGAAAAAGAAGAGCAGCAGCUCUGAGGAGGAUGGAGAGAAGAAGAGAGAGGGAAAAAGAGACAGGAAGAAAGACAAAGCAGACAAAGAUGGAGUGCUACCAAAGAAAAAGAAGCCAAAGGAGAGGAGGAAGAGGGUGGAGUUUCAGGAAGAGGGGCUAACUCUAGAGGAGUGGCUUCCGUCAGCCUGGAUCACAGACACAGUCCCUCGGAGAUGUCCCUAUAUACCACAGAUGGGAGACGAGGUGUACUACUUCCGUCAGGGUCAUGAGGCGUAUGUAGAGAUGACCAAACAGAACAAGAUCUACAGCAUCAACCCUAAGAAACAACCCUGGCACAAGAUGGAGUUACGGGAGCAGGAGCUGGUGAAGAUAGUGGGGCUAAAAUAUGAGGUUGGUCUCCCCUCUCUCUGCUGCCUCAAACUGGCCUUCCUGGACCCUGAUACUGGCAAGCUGACUGGAGGAUCCUUCUCCAUGAAAUACCACGACAUGCCUGACGUGAUUGACUUCCUGGUUCUGCGGCAGCAGUUUGAUGAUGCGAGAGACCACCACUGGACCAUAGGUGACAGGUUCAGGUCAGUGAUAGACGAUGCCUGGUGGUUCGGGACCAUUGAGGACCAGGAGCCCUUCCAACCAGAGUACCCAGACAGCCUGUUCCAAUGCUACAACGUCUGCUGGGAUAACGGCGACACAGAGAAGAUGAGUCCUUGGGACAUGGAGCCUAUCCCCAACGAGGUAGUGUUUCCAGAGGAGCUGGGUCAGAGCGUUCCUCUCACGGAGGAGGAGCAGAGAGAGCUGCUGUAUGUUCCCCUGGAGGGGGAGUGGGGCGCCGCCACGCGGAACCACGAGUGUCAACGCAUCAUCAACGCCAUCGACCAGCUCACCACACUCGAUGUAGCUGUACCGUUUGCCUUCCCAGUAGAUCUCCAGGCGUAUCCUUCCUACUGUACUGUAGUAGCCUACCUCACGGACCUCAGCACCAUACGGUGCAGGCUGGAGAACCACUUCUACAGGCGUAUGUCAUCGUUGAUGUGGGAGGUGCGUUAUAUUGAACACAACGCUCAGACCUUUAAUGAAACUGGAGCCUUCAUCGUUAAAACGGCCAAGUUCGUCUCUGACCUCAUGCUCAGCUUCAUCAAGGACCCCACUAUGACUGACAUUAUUCCUCUCUACAACACCAUGAAGAAGACUGCUUUCUCUGACACAGAGGAUGAGGAUGAUGAAGAUGAGGAUGAAGAUACGGACACUCCUGGAACGUCCACACGAAACAGGAAGGGUCGUGGUGUCGGUCUGCAGCAGCUGCAGCGUGGCGGUGGUGUACGGAGAGGCCGGCCCUUAGACCCCCAGGCCUGGAGGGGGCGCAGCAAGGAACUGAUAGACCUGCUCUUCCAGUGUGAAGACUCAGAACCCUUCAGACAACCUGUCGACCUGGAACAGUACCCCGACUAUCUGGACAUCGUGGACACCCCCAUGGACUUCCGGACGGUCAGGGCGAUGCUAAGAUCGGGGGAGUACACCACUCCUCUGGAGCUCUGCCAGGACGUACGGCUCAUCUUCAGCAACUCUAAAGCUUACACACCCAGCAAGAAGUCCCGGAUCUACAGUAUGAGUCUGCGUCUGUCUGCCUUGUUUGAGGAACAUGUCAACUCCAUCCUGGCUGACUACAAAGCCAUCCAUGGACAGACGGACAGAAAGACGAGACAUAGAGCAGACAGACAGACCAGACACGUGGCGGACAGACAAACCGACAGACAGACCAGACACGUGGCGGACAGACAAACCGACAGACAGACCAGACACGUGGCGGACAGACAAACCGACAGACAGACAAGACAUGUGGCGGACAAACAAACCGACAGACAGACAAGACACGUGGCGGACAGACAAACCGACAGACAGACAAGACACGUGGCGGACAGACAAACCGACAGACAGACAAGACACGUGGCGGACAGGCAAACCGACAGACAGACACGACAAGCUAUGAAGAGGAGGAGGAGUGACUCUCCCUCCAGCAGCGCUGCCUCAAGCCCAGAGAGGAAGAAGCGUGUGUCAUCGAGGGGUGUAUCCAGACUAGAUUCCUUGGCCCCACCCACGGCUCCACAGCGCCCCCCCUCCUUGAGACAGCCCCUCCCCCUUCGACAGCCGCUCCCCCUCCUCAAUGGGAAGGGAGAACAGCAGACCCCCGGACGAACACGCAGCGCCAGGACACACACACCCUCCACAGCAGAGAUGCACAGCACUGCAGCCUCCCCUCGUAGCCCCUCCCCCCAGGCUACUGUCCACCUGAAUGGCCACAGUAGUCAGGAGACUGUGGGCGUGUCUGCAGGUCGGAGGGGACGGAGACCCAGAGUAGUGACCCCUGAACCCAGUCCUAGCCCCGCCCCCAAGGGUCGCCCUCCCGGCAGGAAGAGAGGCAGGAAGUCCAGACAGGAACUAGAGGCCAUGAGGAGGGGCCUCCGGCGAAGCUCCACCCCCGAGGACAAGCUCAACCAAUCCACAGGCGACGAGGGCGGGACUUCCUCUGCCCAGGAAGCAUCCGUGCUGUCGGGGGCCGGACUUCCAGGAACGCCACGGCGCCGCGGUAGGCCAAGACUGGUCAGGACAGAGAUAGCCCCUCCCCCUUCCAGCCCCGACCCCUCCCCUUCCCCUUUGAGGAGGAGCAGCCGGCGAAUCAACGACGAGAUCACUCCCCCUGCCCAGUCUCUGCAACAAUCACAGCGCGUGAGGGCGUCGCCACAGGACGAGAACAACGAUGAAGAGGAGGAGGCGGAACAGGAAGGGGAGGGGUCAGCGGGAUCGAUGCGUACGCGUAACCGGGGGCGACGAACGGCGUACUACACGGAGGAGGACUCAGAGGAGGAGGAGCAGAGACAACUCCUGGUUGAAGACUCCUCCCUCACCUUUGGCACUUCCUCCAAGGGGCGUGUCCGCAAGCUCACAGACAAGGCCAAGGCCAACCUCAUCGGCUGGUAACCAACCAACCGCACCGCCAUUAUUAUGGGAUGGUUUCCACGACGACCGCACCCUGGUAACCACGACAACCAUGCAUUUACUUUGGGCUGGUAACAAAGACAACCCCCCCCCCCCCCCCCCACCCCACUUCCAGACCAGAGGAGAGGAUUGGUUCGCCUGACUACGCCGUGUUGUAGAGCAGGGUGAUGGCUGCUCCUGUUCCCGUCCCUGUUUCCAUAGACCAGCCUGAAGCUCCUCUCUCAUUGGUCCUUGGACGACUAUCCCACAAACACCUCGUCUCCUGUGGGGUUUGACUUUGGACCGUCUCCUGAACACACACACACACACACACACACACACACACACACUGUAAAAGCUUCCUGUGUCUCCUUAUGUGGUCAACAGAACCGUAGACUGACUCUGCUCUCUGCCUGUCUCUCUGUCUGUUCUCUCUGUCUGUUCUCUCUGUCUGUUCUCUCUGUCUGUUCUCUCUGUCUGUUCUCUCUGUCUGUUGUCUCUGUCUGUUCUCUCUGUCUGUUUUCUCUGUCUGUUCUCUCUGACUGUUCUCUCUGUCUGUUCUCUCUGACUGUUCUCUCUGUCUGUUCUCUCUGUCUGUUCUGUCUGUCUGUUCUCUCUGUCUGUUCUCUCUGUCUGUUCUCUCUGUCUGUUCUCUCUGACUGUUCUCUCUGUCUGUUUUCUCUGUCUUUUCUCUCUGACUGUUCUCUCUGUCUGUUCUCUCUGUCUGUUCUGUCUGUCUGUUCUCUCUGUCUGUUCUCUCUGUCUGUUCUGUCUGUCUGUUCUCUCUGUCUGUUCUCUCUGUCUGUUCUCUCUGCCUGUCUCUCUGCCUGUCUCUCUGCCUGUCUCUCUGCCUGUCUCUCUGACCGUCUCUCUGACUGUUCUCUCUGACCGUCUCUCUGUCUGUUCUCUCUGUCUGUUCUCUCUGCCUGUCUCUCUGCCUGUCUCUCUGCCUGUCUCUCUGACUGUUCUCUCUGUCUGUUCUUUCUGUCUGUUCUCUCUGUCUGUUCUCUCUGACUGUUCUCUCUGUCUGUUCUCUCUGUCUGUUCUCUCUGUCUGUUCUCUCUGUCUGUUCUCUCUGCCUGUCUCUCUGUCUGUUCUCUCUGACUGUUCUCUCUGACUGUUCUCUCUGACCGUCUCUCUGACCGUCUCUCUGACCGUCUCUCUGACCGUCUCUCUGCCUGUCUCUCUGCCUGUCUCUCUGCCUGUCUCUCUGACCGUCUCUCUGCCUAUCUCUCUGCCUGUCUCUCUGACUGUUCUCUCUGACUGUUCUCUCUGUCUGUUCUCUCUGUCUGUUCUCUCUGACUGUUCUCUCUGUCUGUUCUCUCUGACUGUCUCUCUGACUGUUCUCUCUGACUGUUCUCUCUGACUGUUCUCUCUGACCGUCUCUCUGUCUGUUCUCUCUGUAUGUUCUCUCUGUCUGUUCUCUCUGUCUGUUCUCUCUGACUGUUCUCUCUGACCGUCUCUCUGCCUGUCUCUCUGACCGUCUCUCUGUCUGUUCUCUCUGCCUGUCUCUCUGUCUGUUCUCUCUGUCUGUUCUCUCUGUCUGUUCUCUCUGUCUGUUCUCUGUCUGUUCUCUCUGUCUGUUCUCUCUGUCUGUUCUCUCUGUCUGUUCUUUCUGUCUGUUCUUUCUGUCUGUUCUCUCUGUCUGUUCUCUCUGUCUGUUCUCUCUGCCUGUCUUUCUGCCUGUCUCUCUGUCUGUUCUCUCUGUCUGUUCUCUCUGUCUGUUCUCUCUGUCUGUUCUCUCUGUCUGUUCUCUCUGACCGUCUCUCUGUCCGUUCUCUCUGACUGUUCUCUCUGACCGUCUCUCUGUCUGUUCUCUCUGACUGUUCUCUCUGACUGUUCUUUCUGUCUGUUCUCUCUGACUGUUCUCUCUGUCUGUUCUUUCUGUCUGUUCUUUCUGUCUGUUCUCUCUGUCUGUUCUCUCUGUCUGUUCUCUCUGACUGUUCUCUCUGUCUGUUCUCUCUGACUGUUCUCUCUGUCUGUUCUCUCUGCCUGUUCUCUCUGUCUGUUCUCUCUGCCUGUCUCUCUGUCUGUUCUCUCUGACUGUUCUCUCUGACUGUUCUCUCUGACUGUUCUCUCUGACCGUCUCUCUGCCUGUCUCCUUGCCUGUCUCCUUGCCUGUCUCUCUGCCUGUCUCUCUGACCGUCUCUCUGUCUGUUCUCUCUGCCUGUCUCUCUGCCUGUCUCUCUGACUGUUCUCUCUGACUGUUCUCUCUGUCUGUUCUCUCUGUCUGUUCUCUCUGACUGUUCUCUCUGUCUGUUCUCUCUGACUGUCUCUCUUACUGUUCUCUCUUACUGUUCUCUCUGACUGUUCUCUCUGACUGUUCUCUCUGACUGUUCUCUCUGACCGUCUCUCUGUCUGUUCUCUCUGUCUGUUCUCUCUGACUGUUCUCUCUGACCGUCUCUCUGCCUGUUCUCUCUGUCUGUUCUCUCUGUCUGUUCUCUCUGACUGUUCUCUCUGACCGUCUCUCUGUCUGUUCUCUCUGACCGUUCUCUCUGUCUGUUCUCUCUGUCUGUUCUCUCUGACUGUUCUCUGUCUGGUCUCUCUGACUGUUCUCUCUGACUGUUCUCUCUGUCUGUUCUCUCUGUCUGUUCUCUCUGUCUGUUCUCUCUGUCUGUUCUCUCUGUCUGUUCUCUCUGUCUGUUCUCUCUGUCUGUUCUCUCUGUCUGUUCUCUCUGACCGUUCUCUCUGUCCGUUCUCUCUGUCUGUUCUCUCUGUCUGUUCUCUCUGACUGUUCUCUGACCGUCUCUCUGUCUGGUCUCUCUGACUGUUCUCUCUGACUGUUCUCUCUGUCUGUUCUCUCUGUCUGUUCUCUCUGACCGUCUCUCUGUCUGUUCUCUCUGUCUGUUCUCUCUGUCUGUUCUCUCUGUCUGUUCUCUCUGACCGUUCUCUCUGUCCGUUCUCUCUGUCUGUUCUCUCUGUCUGUUCUCUCUGACUGUUCUCUGACCGUCUCUCUGUCUGGUCUCUCUGACUGUUCUCUCUGACUGUUCUCUCUGUCUGUUCUCUCUGUCUGUUCUCUCUGACCGUCUCUCUGUCUGUUCUCUCUGUCUGUUCUCUCUGUCUGUUCUCUCUGCCUGUUCUCUCUGCCUGUUCUCUCUGCCUGUUCUCUCUGUCUGUUCUCUCUGACUGUUCUCUGACCGUUCUCUCUGACUGUUCUCUCUGACCGUCUCUCUGUCUGUUCUCUCUGUCUGUUCUCUCUGUCUGUUCUCUCUGUCUGUUCUCUCUGACUGUUCUCUCUGUCUGUUCUCUCUGACUGUUCUCUCUGACCGUCUCUCUGCCUGUCUCUCUGUCUGUUCCUUCUGACUGUUCUCUCUGUCUGUUCUCUGUCUGUUCUCUCUGUCUGUUCUCUCUGUCUGUUCUCUCUGUCUGUUCUCUCUGACUGUUCUCUCUGUCUGUUCUCUCUGACUGUUCUCUCUGACCUUCUCAAUGUGUGUUCAUGUUUGCAUGUGUGUGUGCACAUCACCAAAUGGGUAGCGAGUGUGCACAUCACCAAAUGGGUAGCGAGUGUGCACAUCACCAAAUGGGUAGCGAGUGUGCACGUCACCAAAUGGGUAGCGAGUGUGCACGUCACCAAAUGGGUAGCGAGUGUGCACAUCACCAAAUGGGUAGCGAGUGUGCACAUCACCAAAUGGGUAGCGAGUGUGCACAUCACCAAAUGGGUAGCGAGUGUGCACAUCACCAAAUGGGUAGCGAGUGUGCACAUCACCAAAUGGGUAGCGAGUGUGCACAUCACCAAAUGGGUAGCGAGUGUGCACAUCACCAAAUGGGUAGCGAGUGUGCACAUCACCAAAUGGGUAGCGAGUGUGCACAUCACCAAAUGGGUAGCGAGUGUGCAUCAUCGCGAGUUGUGUGUUGGUUUCUAUCCAGAGAGAGAGAAAGAGAGAGCUGAUUAAAGGUUGUGUCUGUAUGAAAGACCGUCCUCAUCAUUAGCAAUACCUGGUGCCUUUCUGUGGGGUUUACCUGUGUGUGGGUGUGGGUUGGUGUGGGUGGGUGGGUGUGGGUGUGGGUGAGAGAGAUCUGUGUAGUUUAGUGUACAACCAGUGGCGUCAUACAGUUUGAUGGACGUUAAUAUCAGAGUGUAUUCUUGAUAAGAGUCAUCUGUCUGUAUUAUAGGGGCCAGAUAUUGUUGUUCAGUUCAAGGUACAGAGGUUUGCUGUUAGCCUGGUCUCGGAUUGGUUUGGGGCUAUCCCGUCAUCUCCUUGGUAUGACUGAGAGGCGAGGAGUGGCAUGAUGGCACAACCCGACGGGUACCCAGGCUACGUCGGUGUCUUUGACCCUGUUGUCCAGUUCGCAGAGGGAUCAGACAGCUUGUAUCGUUUGAAUGAAAUCUAAUUAAAUGUUGAUUAUUUCAAA